AUGGCCACAUUAUUGGCGGCGGCGGCAGCUCGACAAGCCGCUACUCUCUCUCGAAUCUCCUCUCCCAAGACACCAGCUCAAGCCGCCACUCUAAUCCACCGCCGCGGCCUCGCCGGCGCUGCAGACCACCAUGGGCCACCGAGGAUUAACUGCUGGCAAGAUCCAAUGAGCCCAUCAAAGUGGAAGGAAGAGCAUUUUGUUAUUGUCUCUUUAACUGGUUGGGGUUUAGCCAUCUUUGGGGGAUACAAGUUCGCCACAAGAGGCAAGGGCAAGAGUGAAGAGCAGUAG